CCCCGGGAGUGCGCGGCGCCAGCGCUCAGCCCCUGCACCGGCACAGCAUGGGGAAGCUAGUGGCGCUGGCCCUGCUGGGGGCCGGCCUGGCCUUGAUCGGCGAGAGGUUACUGGCGUUUCGAGAAAUAAUGAAUGCUUCUCUAGAUAUGGAACCAGUGGAGCCUCAGAACUGCCACCUUAUUGAGGGACUCGAAUAUGGCUCUGAAGAUAUUGAUAUACUUCCUAGUGGGCUGGCUUUUAUCUCCAGUGGAUUGAAAUACCCAGGCAUUCCAAACUUUGCACCAGAUGAGCCAGGAAAAAUCUUCUUGAUGGAUCUGAAUGAGCAAAACCCAAAAGCACAAGCACUGAAAAUCAGUGAUGGAUUUGAUAAAGAAUCCUUUAAUCCACAUGGGAUCAGUGUUUUCAUUGGCAAAGACCAUACUGUGUAUCUUUAUGUUGUGAAUCAUCCCCACAUGAAGUCCACUGUGGAGAUAUUUAAAUUUGAGGAAAAACAACCUUCUCUCAUCCACGUGAAAACCAUACAACACAAACUUCUCACAAGUGUGAAUGACAUUGUGGUUCUCGGACUGGAACAAUUCUAUGCCACCAGAGAUCAUUAUUCUACCAACUUCUUCUUGUCACUUCUUGAGAUGCUUUUUCAGCUUCGCUGGACUCAUGUUCUCUUCUACAGCCCAAGAGAAGUCAAAGUGGUGGCUGAAGGAUUUAUUUCUGCCAAUGGGAUCACAGUCUCGCUAGACCAGAAGUAUGUCUACGUGGCUGAUGUAGUGGCUAAGAAUGUUCACGUAAUGGAAAAACAUGAUAACUGGGAUUUAACUCAGCUGAAGGUAAUACAGUUCAGCACCCAUGUGGAUAAUUUAACUGUUGAUCCUGCCACAGGAGAUAUUCUAGCAGGAUGCCAUCCUAACGCCAUGAAGCUAUUGAUGUAUAACCCUGAGAAUCCUCCAGGGUCAGAAGUGCUUCGCAUCCAGAAUGUUUUGUCCAAGAAGCCCAGUGUGAGCACAGUGUAUGCUAAUAACGGCUCCGUGCUUCAGGGCACCUCUGUGGCUGCCACCUACCGUGGGAAAAUACUCAUAGGCACCGUAUUUCACAAGGCUCUAUGCUGUGAGCUCUAGACUCCAGAUA